AUGUACCACCUAGCAAAAGGACUGUAUCUCUGGGCGACAUCUAAAGAAGAAUACUCCAUCCUAAUCCUCGGCCUCGACAACGCCGGCAAAACGACCUUCCACGAACAAAUCAAAGCCCUCUUCCUCCCCACGCACACGCCCUCCCUCAAAACCGUCCCUACCGUCGGUCAAAACGUCACAACCAUAACCCUUCCCGACAUCUACCUGAAAUUCUGGGACGUAGGCGGCCAGCACUCGCUCCGUCGACUCUGGCAAAGUUACUACAUAUCCUGCCACGCGAUAAUCUUCGUCCUCGACUCGACCGACAUAGGCGACGGCUCUUUGAACUCCGAUUCCGGCCGGCUGGAAGAAUGCAAACUCGUGCUUGAGGAGGUGUUAGGGAAUAGCGAUACGGAAGGGAUACCGCUUUUGAUCCUAGCGAAUAAACAGGAUCGCGAGGACUGUGUGGAGGUGGUGCGGAUUAAGGAGGGGCUUGUGAAACAGGUUUUUGAGGGCGAGAAAGGGGGGAGUAUUAGGGAUAGUAGGGUGUUGCCGAUUAGUGCGUUGAGUGGCACCGGGGUGAGGGAGGCGGUGGAGUGGGUUGCUAGUAGGGUUAAGUGGAAUAAGGAGGGGAGACCGCCGGUUAUGAGUACCUCUUAUACAACUCUAGAGCCUGAAAUCAGGAAGAGAGAACGCUGGCUAGAAGAGUUUUUGAACUUUGGAGAGGCAUGGCGUCGAAUGGAGAAACAUCAUUUCUAUGGUAUUGACUUCCCGUCCGCACAUCUGGUUCGUUAG